GAAAAAGGUGCCACAGCCUACCGACAAAUGACGUACUUGUGCACAUGCGCGCAGUAGCAGUGGGCGGAGUUUUCCAGUCGGUCAGGAAGAGGAGAAAGGCGGACACAGAAACAUCAAGCGAUGGCUGCUAUCAGGAAGAAGUUGGUGAUAGUUGGGGAUGGAGCGUGUGGGAAGACCUGCCUGCUCAUCGUCUUCAGUAAGGACCAGUUCCCCGAGGUCUACGUCCCCACUGUGUUCGAGAACUAUGUGGCCGACAUUGAAGUGGAUGGGAAACAGGUGGAGCUAGCACUUUGGGACACAGCCGGUCAGGAAGACUAUGACAGGCUGAGGCCUCUCUCCUACCCCGACACUGAUGUUAUUCUCAUGUGCUUCUCUGUAGACAGCCCGGACAGUUUAGAGAAUAUUCCAGAGAAGUGGACACCUGAAGUGAAACACUUCUGCCCAAAUGUUCCUAUCAUCCUGGUGGGUAACAAAAAAGAUCUGCGCAAUGACGACCACACCAGAAGAGAGCUUGCCAAAAUGAAACAGGAACCAGUUAAAUUUGAAGAUGGCAAAGAGAUGUCGAACCGCAUCAGUGCCUAUGGCUACCAAGAGUGUUCUGCCAAAACCAAAGAUGGUGUGAGGGAAGUCUUUGAGAUGGCAACUAGGGCAGCACUGCAGGCCAAGAAGCGUGGCAGGAAGAACACCUGCCUUCUGUUAUAGGCUCUGGAAGAGGAGGAAGCUGCCGUCAAGCACAGAUGGAAAGGGCGGCUUUCAUUGAGAUUUGACACGGGAGAAAAUUGGGGUGGGCCCAGAAAAUAUUUGCGUGUGCUCAAUUUCUUAUCACCCAAUUAUCCUUAACAAAUUAAAACAGGUCUUAAAUUAUUUGAAAGGCUUUUACACCUUGGUCUAUACAUUAGAAGAUGUGCCAUUUUGCGUCAGCCUAUCAAAAACUUCUAAAGGUCUGUAGGGCAGGACGUGGGGGGGGUGAUUUGAAGUUGAGUAGAUAUAAACAGGGUUAAAAUGUGCCAUGAUGGGAAUGAAGAGAGAAAAAGGUCCUUACCAGGCCAAAGAAAAUGGGGAUAUGACAAAGAAAGACGGAGAAAAGACAUAAAUAUUAAAUAGGUUUGAAUUAAGACCAUGUCUAAGUGGAUUUUACACAGUAUCGCCUACAUGUAGUGCCUUGAGAGCAAUGGUAAAGAAACGUAAGUUGUGGGGUAGGGAUUCAUAACUUAGAUAGGGUAUUAUUUUGUCAUUUGUAGUUUUCACACAUCACAUUUGUGAAUGCUUAUUCCCUGUCAUUGGCUUUGCUCCUUCAGGCCCAUAUUCUGACUCAGGCGCUAUGCAGGGGUAUGCCUAAACUAGAUUGUAUGAGUUGAUUUCCCAUACUGAAUUACUUACCUGUACUUAAGAGUGUGUGAGUGAGUGAGUGUGUGUGCAACUGUAUGGUGGUUUGUUUUCUCCAGUGCAGUUCUGCAUGCAGUGAAUGUGUGUAUAUUUGUGUGGGUGUGUAUUAACAUAUGUGUCUAUGUACUGUAUGCAUGGAAAGGCCUUCUGCGUCACUGACCUAACCCCUUAUUUCCAUGCCAAAGUUACCCCUGAUGGCCACAUUUUAUGGCUCAGAUGGGUAAUGGAAUUAACAGCUACUCAGAGUGACAUAGAAACUUUCACUUUACUGGAAGACAUUGUACUUUACCUAGAGGCACAAUCAGGUUAAACAUGAGUUUUUAGGACCUGUUUUGUGUAUACCAGAGAUUCAUUUGAUUGUGUUAAUCGGUGGGUCAAAUCACGAGUGGUGUAGUUGAAACGUUGAAUAUUCUUUCAGAUAGAUGAUAGGCUUAUCUUAUUACUAUAAUGUCCACUAUGUACUGUAUGUCUUACAAGGCUUUGUAAGGACAUGUUAAUGAUGUGUAUUUCAAGUUUGCCUUUUUCUCCAUUCUCCCCAUCCCUCCUUUAAUGAAAUUGUCAUUAUUGUCCUAUAACUUUUUAUUGUUGAUGUCUCUAAAUUUCUUAGCAUAUUUUAAUCAUUUUACAUAAUCCUGCUGUUUUGAUCAGCUUAUGUCAGUUAAAUGAUCAAUUGUAACCGUGAUAUUGUUUAGUUGAAGGUAAAGCUUGAGGUGCAAGGCUGGAAGGUUUUGGGGAUGGGCUCCUUUCUUUUUUUUCUUCUUUGCUUUUUGUACUGUGACAUAUUAUGGUUUUUGUUUCUGGAUUUUUUCCAAAUAAAGCUGAUAUUAGGGUUUCUGUUGUAAGGUA